CCGUGUCAGAGACGGGAGGGGCCCGGCGCAGCUAUGUUCGUGGCUCGCAGUAUCGCGGCGGACCACAAGGAUCUCAUCCAUGAUGUGUCUUUCGACUUCCACGGGCGGCAGAUGGCCACCUGCUCCAGCGACCAGAGCGUCAAGGUCUGGGAUAAAAGUGAAAGUGGGGAAUGGCAUUGCACUGCUAGCUGGAAGACACAUAGUGGAUCUGUGUGGCGUGUGACAUGGGCCCAUCCUGAGUUUGGUCAGGUUUUGGCUUCCUGUUCUUUUGACCGAACAGCUGCUGUCUGGGAAGAAAUAGUAGGAGAAUCAAAUGAUAAACUGCGCGGACAGAGCCACUGGGUCAAGAGGACAACGCUGGUGGACAGCAGAACGUCCGUUACCGAUGUGAAAUUUGCUCCUAAGCAUAUGGGUCUCAUGUUAGCAACAUGUUCAGCAGCUGGGAUAGUUAGAAUCUAUGAAGCUCCAGAUGUCAUGAAUCUCAGCCAGUGGUCCCUGCAGCACGAGAUCUCAUGCAAGCUCAGCUGUAGUUGUAUUUCUUGGAACCCUUCAAGCUCUCGUGCUCAUGCUCCCAUGAUUGCUGUAGGAAGUGAUGACAGUAGUCCAAAUGCAAUGGCCAAGGUUCAGAUUUUCGAAUAUAAUGAAAACACCAGGAAAUAUGCGAAAGCUGAAACUCUCCUGACCAUCACAGACCCUGUCCACGAUAUUGCCUUUGCUCCGAACUUGGGACGAUCUUUCCACAUUCUCGCCAUAGCAACCAAAGACGUGAGAAUUUUUACAUUAAAGCCUGUGAGGAAAGAACUUACUUCCUCUGGUGGGCCAAUAAAAUUUGAAAUCCAUAUUUUGGCUCAGUUUGAUAAUCAUAAUUCUCAGGUCUGGCGAGUGAGUUGGAAUAUAACAGGAACAGUGCUGGCAUCUUCAGGAGACAGUGGCUGUGUGAGGUUGUGGAAAGCUAACUAUAUGGACAACUGGAAGUGUACUGGCAUUCUGAAAGGUAAUGGGAGCCCUGUCAAUGGGAGUUCUCAGCAGGGAAACUCAAAUCUGUCCAUAGGUUCAAAUAUCCCAAGUCUUCAGAAUUCACUAAAUGGAUCUUCUGGCAGAAAGCACAGCUGAGUACCAGCUAACUGGAGUAACUUUGCUGUUUUGCUGCUUAUUGCAUGCACAAAGGAAUGGAAAUCAAGCUCCUUUUCCCCUUCCCCAGCGCCGUUUGACCUCUCCCAAGAUAUACCAGCAGCCUGCUUACUACUAAACGCAAUCCAAAAGGCCUUUAAAAAUACAGUGUAUAUCAUUUUUUUUGUACUAGCCAGUUUAUUGACACUUAUUUAAAAUUUUUGAAA